AUUGCAAGGAUUUUCAAUACGUUUGCCAAGCAGACAGGAUAUCCGGUCAAACCGGAAGACAAGGUUGUCUUCAGGAUAGAGGAUUCUCCGUACUAAUGUCAACCAGAAUGGAACAUAUGCAGUUAGUACAAAUAAAUAUUGGGGGAGAAGAUAUACUACACUGUUUCUUCCGUUUUGUUUGAAGAAUGUUCAUUUUGACGCUUUAGUGAGUCGUUGACCUACGCCAAGAGAGGUUGGUUUCAACUGCUAGUGCGUUAGCUCCUCCAACGCGGAGUCCCGAGCCGCCACCUGUCACCCUUUUUUUUUUUUUUUUUUUUUUUUAAAUUUUUUUUUUUAAUGGCCCACAAUUAGGCAGUUGUUCACCUAUCAAAGCUGUGCGGUUUAUUCCGCGUUUAAAUGCCCGAAUAGGGACCAAGGAUGAAUGGGUUUUCUUUCAGCGAACUAUGCUGGCUAUUCUGUUGUCCGCCCUGUCCCAGUCGCAUCGCGGCAAAACUAGCUUUCCUUCCACCGGAGCCCACGUACUCGGUCCAUACCGAUGCUAAUGGAGGAACGAGCUUGCAUUUAACCGAACGGGCGGACUGGCAGUACUCUCAGCGUGAACUCGAUGUGGUGGAGGUAUUUAGCACCAGAAGCAGUCGCGGUAACCGGGUACAAACCAUGUUUGUGCGUUGCGCGCCCAACAGCCGCUACACUCUACUCUUUUCCCAUGGAAACGCUGUGGACUUGGGACAGAUGUGCAGUUUUUACAUCGGCUUGGGCUCCAGGAUCAACUGCAACGUGUUUUCUUACGACUACUCGGGCUAUGGAGUCAGUACCGGCAAGCCCUCUGAGAAGAAUAUGUAUGCGGAUAUCGAGGCGGCCUGGCAGGUCCUGAGGAACAAGUAUGGGGUAACACCAGAGAACAUCAUCCUCUAUGGUCAGAGUAUUGGCACUGUGCCUACCAUUGACCUCGCUGCUCGCUAUGAAUGUGCAGCCAUCAUCCUGCACUCGCCACUCAUGUCGGGGCUUCGAGUGGCUUUCCCUAACACGCGCAAGACCUACUGCUUUGAUGCUUUCCCCAGUAUUGACAAGGUGUCCAAGGUGGCAUCCCCAGUGUUGGUGAUCCACGGUACAGAGGAUGAAGUGAUUGACUUCUCCCAUGGCUUAGCCAUGUAUGAGCGCUGCCCCCUUGCCGUCGAGCCCCUCUGGGUGGAAGGAGCAGGCCACAAUGACAUUGAGCUCUAUGCACAAUACCUGGAGAGACUCAAGCAGUUCAUUUCCUUUGAGCUUCACACGUCCUCCUGAGUGGACAGGCCAGCACACACAGGCCAGGGUUCAACUCGACAGUCUUCUGUCAGGGCUGCUGUUUCUUGCAACCUGUAUCCCGACAUCUUCUCCUUAGAAGCUCCUAACUUCAUCCCCAAGCAGAGACAGCACUGUAGUAAACAUAUCACAUGACAUUCCCAUGUCUUUGGAGACACUUUAGGGAUGUAAUGAAAGGUGUACUCUCCAGCUCAAUGUCCUUGGUCCGCACACACCUUAUCAAUUUUUUGGUUGAACUAAAAACUCUAGCCUGUCACAUUUACUUAUUCUUAUCAGUUCAUACUGGGAUGCCUGCCUGCUGAGAGUCUGACAUGCUCAAACUUGAUUUAUAUAUUUUAUACUCGGAUGGGGAAAAAAAAUCAUUUUUCCACCUCAAGUGACAAUUCAAGUUUGUACAUUUUCUGUAUUCCUGGGUUUUAUUUUCAGGGCUGAUCAAACAAAGGCACUUUUAUUGUGCAUCUACUUUCAGGAAUUAGAUUUUCUCUGCUCUCCAAGCAUUCCAGUUUUUUCUUUAUUGUAUGAGAAUUUUUAUUUUUUCUUUUCUAAAUCACAGGCAUCUACUACAUUUUAUACUACUUUUAUAGCUGUGGUCUUUGUAGCCCUAAUGACUGCUAACCUCCGGUCCGAGAAGGUGGUGCAUACAGAUGCUGUAUGUUAACAAACAAGUCGCUCAACAACAUUGCAACACACGUGUUGAGAAAUAUGGACGCUUGCCUCAACAAAAUAGAAAUAGCAAUAUCAGGGUAUUCUUUUGCUAACCAGAGAUCAUGUGUUUCUUAAGAUUGAUCUUUUACUGAACUGCAAUGUGUGGUCUAUGUCAAACACAAUGUUGUCACUUUUUGAGUGUACCGCUUCUACCUUUACACUCCAAAUAAACCUUAAACUCAGACAGUUCCCAGAAACCUUGUUGCCUACAGGGCGGCUCUAGCGAUGUAUCAGAGGACUUCUACAUGCUGCUGUUUUUUGUUUGAGAUUUAGUCAGUCAAACACUGUGAAAGCUGGGGAAAACAAUGAAAUAUUUGUAAGCUACGGAACCUCGGAUUUAAGCUUGUCCACCACCAUCCUUGUCAGGAUGAGUCCCAGACUGUCAUUGGAUAGACAGCAGUCCAACUGUACUGUCCUUAAAAAAGAUAUUGCUUGCUGAGCCUCUGUGGAGGUUUGCAGUUUCUUUUUGGAUCACACUCCAAAGAAAUGAGAACAAAACUUCAGCAGCUUAAUUACUUCUUGUUUAGGUGGUCAUUUUUACUGACAGCGUUGACAUUUUUUUUUCCCCCCUUUCUUUUUGCUAUGGAAGAAAAGGGCUUACAAAACUAAAAAAACUAAAAUGACAUCAACUCAAAAGUCGAACACUGAGCAUGAAGUAUAUUGUUGAAAAUGUAGAAAUGAGAGGGGUAAUGUUUGAGGGGUAGUAAUUUGAUUGUGAAGUGAUUUGUCAUUAUAUUCGUGAUAUGUCAUUGGCUAGCCUUUUUUGGUGGCUCUUUUGAAUGGUUUGGAAGGCCCCACUUUAGUUUUGGUAGCUGUUUUGAUGCUUGAUAUUUCUAUAAUUACUAUUUUAAAUGUUGCUAGAUUGAUGUUCUAUAAAGUCACUCAUCAAUACUAAUAUGUACAAUGUGCUGCCUAGUCUCACUGACACUGGAAUCAUUUAUGCAAGUAUAAAGCAAAUGGCACUAGAAAGCAGAUUUUGGUAAUAUGCCUUAAACAUUGUUUUGAAAUUGUUGCAAAAAAGCAACACACUGUGUAUGUUUAAAUGCUUAAAGAAUAAAGACUGCAAGAAAAUGAA